UAUGCAUAUGCUGGAGAUAUAAAGGCUCGAUCAGAGAACGUUUGUGCUCUAAUGUUGUUUCGAAUAUCAAACGAAGUAUAUGCAAAUAUACGUCCUAAUAAGGGACUGGGGCUCCUUUAUGCAAAUGAACAGAUUAUGCAAAUAUACGUUAUGCAAAUAGACAG